UUUCUAUCCUUCCCGGAGCGCCACAUUCUUCCUGGAUACUGAGGCGCGCGGGACCGCGUACUGAACACAGCACCAGAGACCCGAAGCCACGUCGCGAGGGCGGGCUGGGGGCCGCAGGGCCGGACCAGGCCUGUCUCUAGGGGGAUGCCUGCGAGACCCUGUCAGCAUUCGGGGACAUGGAGGAGUUCCGGCGUUCUUACAGCCGCCUGUGCAAGGAGAGUGGGGCGGAGCCCCAGGAGGCUGUUCUGCAACUGCUGCACCAGCUUCCGCGGGGCCAGCUGGACCUGGCUACCCAGAGCCUGACGGUGGAUACCUGCAGGGCCCUUGGGAAGCUGCUGCUUAACGAGACGCUGUUGAAGGAGCUUGUCCUCAGCGACUGCAUGCUGAGUGAGGAAGGGUCCACACUGCUGCUUCAAGGGCUGGGUGCCAACACCACUGUACAGCGCCUGGAUCUAAAGGGCAACAACCUUCGAGCCACAGGAGCCGAGGCUCUGGGAAAGCUCCUGCGACAGAACAAGUGCAUUCAGAGCCUCACCCUCGAGUGGAACAGCCUCGGUGUGUGGGAGGAGGCCUUUGCCUCCUUCUGUGGGGGGCUGGCAGCCAACGCCAGCCUGCGGCAACUGGACCUCCGAAACAACCAGAUCAGUCACAAGGGAGCAGAGGAGCUGGCCCUGGCCCUGAAGGGCAACAGUGCCCUCCAGCAUCUGGACCUGCGCUGGAAUAACAUUGGCCUCCUGGGAGGUCGAGCCCUGGUGAACUGUCUCCCCAGCAACAGAACCCUGUGGAGGCUGGACCUGGCUGGGAACAACAUCCCAGGCGACAUCCUGAGAGCUGUGGAGCAAGCCAUGGACCACAACCAGGACCGGCUCACUGCCUUUCGGGAGAGCCAAGCCCGCACCAGCAUCCUUAGCAAGGAGGUUCAGCACCUCCAGGAGGAGAAGUCCAAGCAGUUUCUGGAUCUGAUGGAGACAAUUGAUAAGCAACGAGACGAGAUGGCCAGAAGCAGCCGGGCGGCAGCAGCACGAGUCGGGCAGCUUCAGGAAGCCCUGGACGAGAGACAGUCCAUCAUCAAUGCCCUCAAAGCCAAGCUGCAGAUGACAGAAGCUGCCCUGGCUCUGUCAGAGCAGAAGGCCCAGGACCUGGGCGAGCUGCUGGCCGCGGCGGAACAGGAGCGUCACAGCCUGUCCCAGAGACAGGAGAAAGAGCGCAAGCUGGAGCAGCAGGAAGCUGCAGAUCGGGAGUCAAAGCUCCUCAGGGACCUGUCCACCGCCAGUGAGAAGAAUCUGCUGCUUAGAAGCCAGGUGGAUGAGCUGCAGCGGAAAGUGAAGUCUCAGCAGGAGCAGCUUUUUCUGACCAGGCAGGAGCUGACCAACACAUCAGCUGAGUUGAAGAUCCGUGCGAUUCAGGCUGAAGAACGCUUGGAUGUGGAGAAGAGGCGAGCCAAACAGAACAUGGAAGACUUGGAAAAGCUCCGUGCCAAGGAGGUAGAUCACAUGACCCGUCACCUGGAGGACAGUGAGAGGGCCAUGCAGGAGAGGGUUCAGAGACUAGAGGCCUUGCGGCUGUCCCUGGAGGAGGAGCUCAGCCGCACGAAGGCAGCCAUGCUCAGUGAGCGAGGCCAAGCUGAGGAGGAACUCAUUAAAGCCAAAAACCAGGCCCGCCUGGAGGAGCAACAGCGCCUUGCUCAUCUGGAGGAGAAGAUUCGGCUGUUGGCGCAGGCCAGGGAUGAGGCUCAGGGGACGUGCGUGCAGCAGAAGCAGAUGGUAGCCGAGUCCCAGGCACGGGCCAGCCAGCUGAACCUGCAAGUAGAGGGGCAGCAGCGGCGCCUGGAGGAGCUACACCAGGAGCUGAGCAACAAGGACCAAGAGAAAGUGGCCGAGGUGGCCAGGGUGAGAGCGGAGCUGCAGGAACAGAUAGGCCGCAUGCAGGCUGACCUGGUGGCCCAGGAGGUGCUGAGGGAGAAGGUGGCAGCUCUGGAGCGGCAACUGAAGGUGCUCGGGAGCGAACACCGGCAGGCGCUGCUGGACAGAGAGAGCGAAAACGCAUCUCUCCGGGAGAAGCUGCGGCUCAAAGAAGCGGAGAUCUCCCGCAUCCGCGAUGAAGAGGCCCAGAGGGCCAGCUUCCUGCAAAGUGCUGUCCUGGCUUACGUGCAGGGGUCCCCCCUGAGAGCCUUGAGUCCCCCUCAAUGAAGGGAGGCCCGGAACGCCUAGCGAGGGCAGAAACACGGCAUCCCGUCCUCAGAGCAGGCCGCGGUUCCAAGAGCAGCAUCCGCAGUGGCAGCAGCGCGCACCGGCACACCUGCUCCUCCACGGUGGCCCCCCGCAGCUCACGGUAGUGCCGGCCCGGCGGAAGCGCGCAGGAGAACACGCUCUGGCGACCCAGUCCCGGAACCACAAACCAGGGCGGGCAGGGUGGAAAUACAGGAUUUUGUACUUGGUGAUA